AUGGCCUUGCCCAACUAUUUGGACAUCAUGGGUGGCGCCAGGGGGCAAGAAUGGAGUGAAAACAUCCAGAGUAACUACGAAGAAAGAAACCCCCAAUUCGGUGUGUUCAAUACACAGGAUGUUCAAACCAGUUACCUCCAUGGACUGUACGGCUUCGCAGGGUUUCAGCACCAGGCAGUACCUGUUUCCUGUUGGACGUCUGCGACGCCUGCAUCCUCCGAACCCCCAGAGGAGGCCCCUGAGGGAAAUGUAGACGAGUGCCAGCCUCCAGUGGUGAGCAAUGAGAGAAAUAUGAUAAUGCAGUUACGGGACGAAGUAACGUCGGAGUUGAUCAAGUUCAGGGAAUUGGCGCUAUCUUGGCAGAAAGAGAAAGCCACCUUGAAAGGUAAUCAGCGAGAACUUAGCAAACAGCUGACGCUGGCUCAAGACGAGGCUACAAGGUUGAGACGAGAGGUGGCCAUGCUGCGAGUUGGAGAGUUGAAUUGGCAGCGAGUGGGCAACGAGUUAAGGAACGCGCAGUUUCAGCUGAGAGAAGCUGCGGUGAAGCUCAAGGGAAAAGAACAGGAAAUUGCCGAUUUAAACCAUGAACUCAGGACUGUACACCCUCGGCUCAUACGACUCGGAGAAACUGAAAGGACUGUUAAGAAACUGGAGGAAGAAGUACAGAGACUGAGACCGCUAGAACGAGAACUGCAGGUAAAACAGCAGCAAAUUCAACAACUUCAGGAGGAGAAAUCUCAAAUUCAGUUCUUGAGACUCGAACUGGACGCUUGCCAGCGCCUUUGUGAACAAAUAUGCUUGGCAGCGGCGAAUGCAAAAGCAACAGGAACAGCAGGGGCCCCCGCAGGGGCUCCACCAGCAAGCGGAGAGGGAGGGUUUAUGCUUAGUAAUGGUUGCCCGAACGGUGGCAGCAGCGGCAGCAUUGGUGGGGGUAGUGGAUCUGGAGUAGCAGCACCAGCAACCCCAGCAGCACCACCGGCCCCGGCUGCAACAGCAGGAACAGCAGCAGGAGAAGCGGCAGGAGGUAGAGGGGAUUCUGUCAGGGUCUCACAGACUCGAAGUGGGGGUGGAGGAGAGAUGGAGUUGAGCUCAUCUCCCUCUGUACGCGACAGCGGAGUGGAGUCCUUUCUUAGGUCCGACACCGCGCGUAUUGUCCCCCAGGCCUUAGACCCCUCAGCUUACCCCGACAAUGUGGAAAUGGAAAUACUCGAACGCCUAAGUAAAAGCCAGGUGAGCCUUAAAGAGUUGGUGGAGUCGGCUAGGAAAGCCGAUCCAGAGGCGUUCCGCAAGAUGGUGACGGCGACAGAAAAGGAAUUUCCUACUUCCGGAAAAAACCGAUUUGCGUCUACUCCUAUUGAGCAAUUGGCUCGGGAGUUCGGGUGCACCGACAUUAGCCAGGGUUUGACAUCAUCUCAAGUGGCGGCGAAUCGGGAGAAGUACGGCAGCAACAUGUUGGACAGGGGAGACCGUGAUCCUCUGUACAAGAUAUUCUUGUCUCAGUUCUGGUCUCCUGUGGUGCUACUGCUGCUCGUCGCUGCUGUCGCCUCCCUCGUAAUGCAGGAGUGGGUUGAGGGCGCAGCCAUUCUCAUCAUCGUUACGCUCAAUGCCUGCCUCGCCACCUACAUGGAAAACAGCGCAAGUACCGCCCUGGCGAAGCUGGCCAGCAUGGCUGCGCCGAUGUGUUGCGUGCUGAGGGAGGGAGAGGAGCGGACGGUGCCUGCAGAAGAAGUUGUGCCUGGAGAUAUUGUCUUCUUAGCAACAGGCAACAGCGUAGCUGCAGACAUGCGGUGUAUAGAUAUGUGUAGUCCUGUGUUCACAGGGGAGUCUGAAGACGUCGCAAAAACGAUUUCUGCUGUGGACGGAGACGCCCCUUUUGCGACUAAUCUUUGCUUUGCAAGUACAAUUGUCACCAACGGCAGCGGUAAAUGCCUCGUAUACGCGACUGGCAUGGAGACGCAGGUUGGCCGCAUAGCGACGCAGCUAAAGAAGGCAGGGGCUGCCUCGCGCCUGACUCCUCUACAGCGCGGCCUCAACCGUUUGGGUGGUCUCAUUGGCCUUAUUGCAAUUUGUGUUCUCGUCGUCAUCGUCAUUGUAGCUGUCCUCACGGGAUACAAAGACCCCGCACACCCAGACUCCGACCCCGUAUUUACAAUUGUUCUGGUCGCUGUCGGUUUCGCUGUCUCCUCCAUUCCUGAAGGGCUGCCGAUGGUCGUCACCAUUUGCCUCUCUUUGGGGGCCAGAGAUAUGGUGAAGCGAAAGGCAAACGUACGGAAGUUGCCAGCGGUGGAGACGUUGGGCUGUUGUUCUGUUAUUUGCUCCGAUAAGACAGGGACGCUGACUGAGGGCAAAAUGACGGCGACUCGUUUGGUUUCCUUCUCUCGUGGGAGCAGCAUAAACGACAAAGAAAUGAAUAUAGCAAAGACAUUUGCUGUUUACCCCACAAAAGGUUUCGACCCUAGAGGAGGUUUCUUUGAUGCAGAACUUCUAACAGAGCAGAAGAAGAACACUCUUGCUGCUCUCCACGGACAGGGCGCCUAUGACUCCUUCGGCCAAAUCCUCACGGACUACGGCUCGGCGGAGACGGCGCAGCGCGGCGCAGCAGCGGCAGCAGCAGCAGCGUCCUCUUCGUCUUCGUCUUCUUCUGCUCCUGCAACUGCUGCAGCGGAUGCUACUGCUGCUGCUGCAGUUCGGGUGCGUGCGGUGCUGACCGCAGCGAUGCUGAACUCCCAUUCAACAAAGCUGGAGCAGGACCCUAAAACCAAACGAUGGACUACCACUGGUAAUAUGAGCGAAGGUGCACUGGUGGUAGCAGCAGCUAAGGCGGGUCUUACGGCUUCAAUGCGUUCGCUAUACCCGCGGGAGGCAUCUUUGGAGGUUCCGUUCAACUCCAGCAGGAAAAUGGCUGUCUCCGUGCACAAGCUGCAAACGCCUAAUCAGUUUGCAGAUAUUCUGCUCACAGAUGACGGCAAAGUGUACACUCAUGUCGCUGUUGUCAAAGGUGCACCAGAUAGGCUGUUCCCGUACUUGGGUUUCUGUGUGGCCGAGAACGGGGGCGUCUCCAGCAUCGGGUGGCACUCGCCGCUGACGGAAGAAGAAAAGGCAGAAAUAAAAACUGCAAAUGAUAAAUUGUCUUCUGCUGCUCUCCGUGUCCUCGCGGUGGCAAUAAAGCCUCUUACAGAGGAGGACAUUGAAGAACUCAAGGGAUGCGCCGGCGCCGACGAGAGGCUGCAUACCGUUGUUGAUGAACCGCCCCGUCUUGUCCGUUUGCGUUGCUUUGUCUCUUCAUGCCCUGCUUCUGACUGUCUUCUGUCUAUCACACGGUUGACGGUACUGGGGCUGGUGGGCUCUUUAGAUCCGCCACGUGCAGGUGUACGCGAGGCGGUGAGGGAGUGCCAUGGGGCUGGCGUUCGAGUGGCAAUGAUUACAGGCGAUCAACUCCCCACUGCGUGUGCGAUUGCCAAAGACAUCGGAAUUCUGACAGAGACCGAAGACGCCAGCAAAAGAUCCGUCACUUGUGCCGUCCUGCACGAAGACGAUGACCCGUCGCUGCCGUAUAAACCCAGCGAGGAAAUUGACCAGCUCGUAGACGGAGUUCGCGUCUUCGCCCGAGCUCAACCAGAAGACAAAUUCUGGCUGGUCUGCUGCCUCCAGCGUCUGGGCCACACGGUCGCGAUGACAGGGGACGGGGUGAACGACGCACCGGCACUUAAAGCAGCGGACAUUGGAGUUGCAAUGGGCGUCUCAGGCACAGACGUUGCCAAAGGAGCUGCUGAAAUGAUUCUCCUAGACGAUAACUUCUGUACUAUUGUCGCAGCUGUAGAAGAGGGACGGAAGAUCUACGGAAACAUUCAAAAGUUCGUCUGCUUUUUGUUGGGUACAAACAUCGGCGAGAUUAUUUACCUUACCAUCGCCAUUGCCGCCUCCAUGCCGUUACCCCUUGAGGCCCUACAGGUGGAUUCUGUUCAGCUUUCUUUGCUCAUGCAUUCGUUGCUUUCAUGCUUGUCCUGCCCUCCGCGAUUUUUGCCCCCUGCGUCGCAUGUUUGUCCGUCAUUGUGUCUUGUCUUUUGCAUGGCUGACUUUCUCGCUUCUGCCGUGCUGUUUCUAAACUUGAUGAGUGACGGAUGCCCUGCAGUGGCGUUAGCAAAGGAACCUCCUGAUGAGGAUAACAUGAGCGUGCCUCCUCGCAACCGCAAGCAGCCGAUCAUGACAAGGGACUGGUGGUUGUUUGGCAAUUUGCCGCACACUCUAUUUGAAGCUGCAUGCGUUUUGUUGUCGUUGGCGAUGGGGCUUUAUCUGUGCACCGGCAGCAUUCUUCUAAAGGACUUAACCAACAAAUGCCAGACUGUCACGGUGGUUGACAGCGUUGGAGUAAGCUAG